AUGCCACUCACAAGCAGUCGUGCUAUUGAGGUGGGACAUACUUUUCUGCUCGGUACCAAAUAUUCAUCCAUUCUCAAAGCCGAGUUCACGCCAGAAGACCCAUCUACUCCAGGCGAGAGACGACCAAUGCAAAUGGGAUGUUAUGGACUCGGUCUAUCAC